UUACUAUUUCAAUCCCUGUCUCUCUCCCUCUCUAAAACUCAACGCAUAAUUUAAAGCUGCGAUCUUUUUCCAGUAACUCUGAAAUGGAAUGAAAGGGAUCAAUUUUGCAAAGUUCUAAGAUUCUUAGAGGAAAUUUUGUCCCCACUGUGCUUCUCUUCAUUACUCCUUUUUCGGUUUUGGUCUCAUGCUGUUUGGAUUCUGAGAAAAAAACCAAGAAAACCCAAAAGUGAAAUCAUCACCAAAAGAAAAAGCACAAAAUACACACACACACUCUCUCUCUCUGUCUUCCCUCCUCGCCCCACAAACUUGGUUACAUCAUUUUCUGACGUUGUUGUUGUUUCCAAGAAGCCAAGCACUUCCUUUUGGACCUCUACGUGAAAGUUCUACAUUAAUAGGAUUCUGCUUCUUCUUCUUCUUUGUUUGGUUAUAGUGCUUGGUUAGAGCCUUAGAGGAACUUUGUGUGUUUGUGUUGUGUAUUAUCUCUCAGUUCCAGCAAUGGAGGACUCGACCAAGUUGCGUUUGGUGCGGUGCCCCAAGUGUCAAAAUGUUCUUCCCGAGCUUGCCAAUUACACUAUUUAUCAAUGUGGUGCUUGUAAUACUGUUCUUCGAGGAAAGCCUAAAGGUUUUGAAGGUGGUGGUAGGUUGUGGCAGACCUCAGAUAAGGAACAAGGUGGAGGAGAUCAAGGUACACCAAGAAGUUUCUUGGGGAAAGGGGUAGUUGAUUUGAGUGAUAAUUCAGAUGUUGAAGUUAGGCCCAGUGGGGGUUCCUUCUGGGAGGGUCAAAGAAGGGAUUUGGGGAAACCAAAUAAAGGACAUGAGAGGUUUUUGGAUGAUUCUAGGGAUGGGGAUGGGAAAGGGGUUUUGGAGGAUGGUUUUAAUGUCAAUAAGGACAAAAGGGGCAAGUCAAUUGGAAGGGAGCAGAAGGAGCAGAAGGAGCAGAAGACUCACAUGGGAGGGGACCAAUUCUAUGGGAGAAUGUCUAAUUGGCCAAAUGGGGAAAGAGGUGAGAUGGAGGGGUUUUGGAGAAAGACACACGCUGAUAUGGAGGGUGUGAGAUUUCCCACUCUAAAUUAUCCUGAUGAGGGAUCUUCAAAUAGCUUUUCCAGUUUUUCUUACAGUUAUGGGGAGCAAUGGAGGAAUUACAAGGACAUGGAUGGUGUGAAUAGGGUUCAGCACCUUGAGCAAGAUCGAGCCGAGAUUCUAAGGAAGCUGGGUGAGUUGUCCAAUCAGUUGAACAAGUCUUCUGAGGUGGUUAGUAACCCCAAAGAAAAGGUUCUUCCUGAGGGAAAGAUGGUUCCUCCAGAUCUUUUUGGUGGCCCUGAACAUUGGUUUCCAGAUGGAUCAUCGGCAAUGAACAGGUCCUCAGGACAAUUCUUUGGCCCUACUAGUAACAAACAUAUGGCAGGUUCUCCUUAUUUCAAUUAUCAUCAAGAUCCAUAUGCUUAUGCAAGUGAUCAUGAAAUGGCUAUGCACAACUUCCAUCCUUCUAUGCAUAAUCCAAAUUAUGUUCCUGGAUAUGGGGAUCCUUCUGUAUCCCAGAUGAUGAGAAGUUCACAUCCUAUACCCCGUCAGUUCUUGCAAAAACCAAUGCACCCCUACUUUCCUGGACGCUAUACUGAUACUGUUCCAGAUUCCUAUGAUCCAUAUGCACAGAAUGCUAUGCUUCACCCACCUUCUUGCCCAUGUUUCCGUUGCUAUGACAACAAAAUAAGAGGUUCAGUGCCGGCUCCACCUGCUGCAUUCGUUAAGAGCAGAUUCCCUCGUACCCCAAAUGAUUCUAUGCUAUACCAUCAUGAGAUUUCAGGGGCAGUUGGUCCACAUGUUCAUAAUGCUAGAACUGCCAUGUCUGCUGUGAGUUUACAUGAAAAACAACUGCAUACAAGAGGGCCUAGAGACUACAGUUCUGAGAUGGGUGGAUUUGUUGGAAGCCGUCCUCGAAAAGUGGUGCCUGGUACUGGUAGUCGGCAAUGCCUUCCUAUAGCUGGUGGUUCUCCUUUCAUCACAUGUCAUAUUUGCUUUGAGUUACUGCAACUGCCUAAAAAGACACUGGUCAUGGUGAAAAAUCGUCAGCUGAAAAUGCGAUGUGGGGCUUGUUCUACAGAAAUAAAAUUCUCUGUCAUCAAUAAGAAGCUAAUUAUUUCUCCUAAUUCAGAAAUGGAGGAAACUACCACAUCCACAAGGGUUGAUGAUACCACUAAUGAGGUUGUGAAUAGUUGUGCAUUCCAAGCCUGUGGUGAUGUAAACGCAGGUGCUGCGAACUUCUCAUCUGAUGAUUAUUCUGGUUAUGAUUUUCAUUCAGUUGAUAGAGAAUCUCCUGUGCUGGCUGCAGACCCAAUCUUGAACUCUACCAAGUCCCGGGAGAGGCAAAGUUUCCAUUCUUCAUCUCCCUGUAUUUCUGAUGAUGAAAAUAGUCCAGAAGUUAUGACUGCACCAAUUGAAGCUACUAAGUCCAUUCAUCAGCCAUUUAAAGCCUCUCAAUCUCCUUCACCUAGUGGUUCAUUUAAUAAUGCUGUAAAACGAUUAGGGAAAGGAAACCAGAGUAGUUGCUCAGAUCAAGAGACGGAAAAAAUAGAAAAGAAUGCCUCAAGGCAGAAUUCUUUGAAAGAGGUGCUUGCAACUGAGAUGGAUGUCAAUGAUUAUUCUAACAAUGGGGUCUUCCAGGAUUCUGGUGAUGCAAGCGGAGAACAUGAUCGUUCUAGAUCUAGCAAAAGGGGUGAAUCAUUUUUAGCAAACAUUAUCAAGAAAGAUAAUGGCAAAAGUAAUGUUACUGUAAACGGACAUCCCAUACCAGAUCGUAUGAUUAAGAAGGCUGAAAAGCUAGCCGGGCCAAUCCAGCCAGGGAAUUACUGGUAUGAUUCUCGGGCUGGAUUUUGGGGUGUCAUGGGUGGACCAUGUCUUGGAAUAAUUCUGCCAUUCAUAGAAGAGUUCCAGCAUCCCAUGCCAGAUAAAUGUGCUGGUGGAAAUACCAGUGUUUAUGUAAAUGGUAGAGAACUUCACCAAAAAGAUUUAGAUUUGCUUUCUCGUAGAGGACUCCCUCGUGAUAGCAAUAGAUAUUAUAUCGUUGAAAUUUCUGGUAGAGUCCUGGAUGAAGACACAGGAGAAGAGCUGGAUAGCCUUGGCAAACUUGCACCAACAGUGGAGAAAGAAAGGCGUGGAUUUGGCAUGAAAGCACCCAGAACAGCUGCAUAAUACAAGUAUAGAAAUAAAAAUUCUGCUGAGAUUUACUUCAGGAGAUUUUUGUUCCACCCUUCUGCAGAUUUGGAAACAUUAUUUCGGAUCAGAUCAUGGGAAAUUUUUGAAAUCUUUUCAUGAUUUUUUACUAGAAUUUAUUCUGUCUGCUGCCACGGUCCAAACCAUUUUCCACGUGACUUGCAUAGAUUAUAUAUAUGAUAUGUAAAUUUGUAAUUCUUGUACUACAAUUUUUUUUGUCAUAAAUGUUUUACCAAAAAAGAGCAUAAACUAUUUUGUGCUCGCAAUCUUGCUUGUGAUCCAGACUCUGAUGUGGAAAACAAUGUAAUAUAUUUCUUGCUCAGUCGGUAAGUAGUCAAAUAUUUUUUUAUGAACCA